AUUAGUUAUUGGCGCGAUAUGGAAACUCAAAAUAGAAGAUUUGAAAAUACGCUAUGGUUAUUAUCGUGUAGGCUAGUGCGUUAUGAUUAACGUGAUGUCUGUACAUAGUAGAACGUGGUGAUGGCUUCAAAGAUGCCGGAAAUGACUUAUUCUUGUGAAAUAUGUGGAGUUGAAGGAUUAAAUGAAGAGGAGAUGCGUUCACAUAUGGUGGUGUACCAUUUAGAAGGUGCUGUUUCGUGUCCUUUUUGUGAUCUGGGUGAAGUGUCUGCAGAACAGUUGUUAAUGCACGUAAAUAGUGCUCAUUUGGACUAUUUAACCCCUGAACAAGAAUUGCUUGCAUUCAUUGAUGACGAAGAUAUUGAUGGUAGGGAUGACUCCUGUGUUCCUUCAAGACCUUUGCCUUGGGAACUUUAUCCUGAACCAGGUACUGACAGUGCCAGUAGCUGCUGGGAAAAUAACAUUAACAACAACAAUAACAACAAUAAUAAUUACUGUGGUGCAGGAAGGAGUACAGACCCUGAUCCAAGUCACAGCACUUGCACAGUGGCAUCCAGCAGCUCAGUUGCUGGCUCCGGUUCUCCCUUGCGUUCACAGUUAGCUUUAGAUCUACGAGCAAGUGCUUCACCUGGUCCAAACCCUGCUUGUAAAAAGUCCGUCCAACCACAACAGUGCCCCAUGUGUUCUUACACAAGUUUGGAUCCUCUGCAGCUUGAAGAACAUAUCAACAGGCAACAUUUUGAUCUGACGAGCCCAUCAUUCCCACCGGCAACACCACCUGGAUUGGAGGAAUCUGUGUACAGUUGUCCACUUUGUGUACGAACAUUUCAAAACAGUCCAGAUUUAGAACUGCAUGUAAACAUUGAACAUAAAGACAUUCUUAGCCCUGCAAAGCCACAGCAGCCUGUAAAUAGUGUGGAGAACUGGAGUGAUAGCUGUCCUGUAUGCUGUAUGACUAACUUCAAGAGCAAUCAGGAGAUGGUAGCCCAUAUUGAAGAACAUUUUAAUAAUAAGGGUUUGUCACCUAUUACUCCAGACAUGUCCUGUGAUCGGAUGUUGGCUCGAGAAAUAGAGAAGCGGGAAAGAGAAGUUCGCAGAUUACGUGAGCAACGAGAAUUUGAAAUGUUAAGGGCCCAAUAUGGAAUGGACAAUCAAGGGAACUUCAGAGAACAGAGUCUGACCAACAUGCAGAAAGCUGUGUAUGCAGGAGAAAUGUCUGUUUCUGAUUACUAUGAGAGACAAAUUGAACUUCGUGCAGCAGAAAGUAAUGGGGUUGAUGAUGGUAGCUCUUGCACAAAAGGUCUUGUUCCUAAGAUACGUGGUGUAAGUUCUUCUUCGGCAAAUGUAAUCAGAACAUAUAUGUGUACCACUGUUGACCAUUAUGCCUCCACCUAUGGUGAUAAAGGCUGGGGCUGUGGCUACAGAAAUAUGCAGAUGAUGCUGUCUUCAUUGCUGCAUCAUACAGGCUACAAUGAACAGCUGUAUAAGCCUUCUUUAGUUGGGGGUGGUCUCUAUGGGUUAGGUAACCGAUCCUGUGGUCUUGAGAUGCCUAGCCGUAGUGCCAUGCCAUCAAUCUCUCGUUUACAACAACAUAUUGAAUGGGCAUGGAGUCAGGGCUUUGAUCUCCAGGGGAGUGAACAGCUUGGUGGAAAACUCUUCAAUACACGAAAGUGGAUUGGAGCAACUGAAGUAGUCACAGUUCUUUCUUCCCUUAGGAUACGGUGUCAGCUAGUAGACUUUCAUCGACCAACAAGUGCUGAUGGAAGUCAUCCUGAACUAUUUGGCUGGGUUUUGGAAUACUUUCAGAAGAAUGAAGAAUUCAAACCACCACUCUAUCUUCAGCAUCAAGGCCACAGCCGUACUAUAGUAGGUGUGGAACAGCUGAAAGAUGGAGGAAUAAAUCUCUUAGUGUUUGACCCCAGCCAUACACCACACCAAAUGGCUCAGUUUCAAAACACAUCAACUGCAGUAUCAGGCAUGCGCCUUAUACGGAAAUCCUUAGCUUCAAUGAAAGCUCGCCAGUACCAACUAGUAGCAGUAUGUGGUAUAAUGGAUACGGAACAUGAAUAUCAGCAAAGUAAAAUUCUGCGAUCAGUACGAGUCCCCCAGGAUCGAUGAUAACACCUAUUUUAUUAGGACUGCACCAAGGGUGUUAAAUUUGGUUUUGUACAAAGUUGUUUCAUACAAACUCUAUGAUCUCAUCAUCCGGAAAUUUAGAAAUGAGACAUCUGACAGGGAUUAGUGAAAACAGUGAAUUAUGUGACAUGUUAGCGACAACAUCUGUGUACUUCCAGCGACUGCCAUUUGUAAAUAUCAUUUU